UAGUUUUUCCUCAUUCUGCAGGGUUACACAUCCUUCUGGAAUGAUUGCAUCUCCUCUGGGUUGCGUGGCUGUAUGUUAAUUGAACUGGCAUUGAGAGGGCGACUUCAGCUGGAGGCAUGUGGAAUGAGGCGCAAAAGUUUAUUAACAAGAAAGGUUAUCUGCAAGUCAGAUGCUCCUACAGGGGAUGUUCUACUUGACGAAGCUCUGAAGCAUAUUAAGGAAACCCAGCCUCCUGAAACAGUGCAGAACUGGAUCGAGCUACUUAGUGGUGAAACGUGGAAUCCGUUAAAAUUACACUACCAGUUACGAAACGUGCGUGAACGAUUAGCUAAAAACCUAGUGGAAAAAGGUGUAUUGACGACAGAGAAACAGAACUUCCUUCUUUUUGACAUGACUACUCAUCCCCUCACCAACAACAAUAUAAAACAGCGCCUCAUCAAGAAAGUUCAAGAAGCAGUUCUUGACAAAUGGGUGAAUGACCCUCACCGCAUGGACAAACGCUUGCUGGCUCUCAUUUACUUAGCCCAUGCUUCAGAUGUCCUUGAGAACGCUUUUGCCCCUCUUUUGGAUGAGCAGUAUGAUUUAGCCACAAAAAGAGUGCGGCAACUUCUGGAUUUAGACCCUGAAGGUGAAGGUGCGAAGACCAAUACGAAUGAGGUCCUGUGGGCUGUUGUAGCAGCUUUCACAAAAUAACUGCGAUCAGACUGAAGUGUUCUUCUCUCCUCUUUCAUGUAAACCAGUUGUUUCUCUUCUCUUGACUUUCAUGUUUUCUGUAAUUUGUACCUUCUCAUUUGAUGAAUUGGCUCUUGUUUCAUGGGAAUGAUGGGUGGUGUAUUCCCUCUUUCUUUGUGUAUCUGUAUACAGGAUUCUGCUGGUACAAGAGGCCUUCCUUUUCUAAAAAGGGUUUACUGCCAUAUUGGCAUUUCACUUCUGGUUAAAUUCAAGUUACCUAAAAUUCUUAAUAGAACAUCCCCCCCCCUCUCCUCCCCCCCAACUUUUUGGUUACUGGAAUGGUUUAACAUAGAAAGCGCCUCAAGGAGGAAAUGGGUGUGCUCUGUUGGCUCAACCCAGUCUUGGGUUGCUAUAGGUGUGUACAUGCAUCAGCAUUUUGCAAUACAGUUCAUACAAAAGUAAAAGGAAAAAAAGGCCUUUGAGUUCACCAAAGUUAAUAUUAAAGUCUCUGUCAGGACAUUUUUAUACAUAGACAUUGGUUCAAUGUGCAUAACAAAAUUAUUUUAAAAUGGGAAUAUUCAUUAAGCAGUUCCAUAAAUAAGUCAUGUAAAAUGCCCCACAAAUUGUAUUCCUCAUAUACAUCUCUUGUGUACUUACGUUUUUGUCAUAACUAUGCUGAGUCAUGCUGUAGAAAGGUCCAACUGUUUCACAGAGCAGUUUUGGGAUGGAAUACAUUCCAUUAUAAUCUGUAUAUAGUUUGAAUUGUAUAUUAACAACUUUCAUCUUAGUAUUUUGCAAGAUUUAAUUAGUUGUACACCUGGUGCCCCUUACUUGCUCUCAGCCAUUGCCAGUUGGUGGAAAGAUGGGCCUCUUAUAAAGAGCAUGUGUGUGAACUCUGUUCCCAAUGUCUGUGAAGUUUACCAUCCAGGUACUUUCAGUCUAUGCGUCGCCUUUUAUAAUCUUUAUUAUAUGGAAGGAGACCACUUUCUAUCAUUGUUUAUAUUUUUUUCUGUAUGGAAGAGGCUUGUGACCAGUACAAUUCUUGAGUGCGUUUUUUAAUUUUGUUUGUACGCAAGUUAAUGUUUGUCUCUUAAAUGUCAUAUUCUACUUAACACUUAAAAAAAAAAAAUAAAAAUCAAAUGUCAGUCCUAGCAGGUGUUGCAUGUAAAUUGUUAGCAAGUAAUGACUACAGUUCAGAUGAUUAAAGUUUCUGUAAUGGGAAGCUCUACUAUAUUUUAAUUUUUAUAUACAAUUAUGCUGAUUAGCACAUUAUUGUAAAAAAAAUAUAAACUUUGGCUUUUUAAAAUUUAUUGCCUCUUUACCACUGCUUGGUAUUAUCUCCCAUUGUUUCACAGUGUAAAUAUUAUGCAUUGAACAAAUUAAAACCUGAUUUCUAUAUAUAUUCUUUUUUUCUCAUAACAGUGCAAACUUAUAGUGGGGGUUACAGGUGUUUAGACACUUUUUGGUUAACAUUCAGAGCAAAAAUACUAGAUGGUGUAUAACAAUAGAGUUAUAAUUUAAGGGAUCCCUAAUCUGUAUACUAGCUUUUUACCUACAGUAAAUAAACUAUGAUCUUGAAAGUGCCUGAAAUAGA